CCCUUUAAGACUUGUUGCCCCUUUAAGACUUGUUGCCCCUUUAAGAAGUGACGCAGCAAAGUUGUGUGGAGGAAAUGCAAGCCGAUCCAAGUUGGAGUGUUAUAUGUGUGCGUGCAUCUUAUAAAACCACACACCUAAUGCUUCAGUAAAAAAGACCUCAAAGAAAGAACUGUGGUUGACUGAGUUCCUGGGUUCUGACCGGCCCACCAGGGCGAGUGUUUCUUAUCAAACAGUCCUUAAGAGAUAGAGCUGAAAGUCCAAUUUCCAAUCCUACAUUUGGUCCUUCGAGCCGGAUUGUCACUUCCCUGGAUUAAGAUGUCAGCCAGUUCUGCACCAGUAAACCCUUCAGUUCGCCCAAAGCGCCGUCCAGCUUAUUUACAAGAUUAUGAGGUGGAUAUUCCAAGCCUUCAUAAAUCAUCCUCACCAGUUAAUACAAGACAGCAAGCAGUGGAGUCAUCUGAUGACGAUUACUCUUCAUCACACAUUAGAGCAUCAGCUGCAAAGCCUAAAAGAGUACACAGUUUACCUGUGUUUACUCCCCCUUCGAGGCUGACUGUCAGGAAUGAGCAUCGUGACCUCCUAAAUACUCUACAACAGCGCAUUUCUAGCUCUUCCCGCCAGUCGUCACCACAAUGUCCAAAUCGACCACUACUGUCUGAACCCAAUGCAGAGUUCCGUCCCCUUAGUGAUGAAGGUGAUGGAUACCAGAGUGAUCGAUCAGAUGCAAGCUCUAUAAAGUUGCAAAGGAUCUCAGAGGAGAAUUCCAGACUUCGUGAAACACAGCAGGCCAUUAAAGCUGACCUUAAAAGAAUUGAAACAGCCAAAGACGAGUUGAUUCAGCUUUUAGACCGAGCUUGUAGUUUGCAGAGACCUUUAUCGACUCCUAACACCCAGUCUAAUCAUCCAUCCGUUAAGUUUCACCAUGCCGCGCAUGUGAGUGAUGAAGACUGGCCAGAGCCUCCUCCACCCAUUGCAUAUGAGGAGACAGAAAUUACGAAACCGUAUAAUGACCAGCAGAGGCUUUACAGCAGUACAAGGGCCACACCAACACUUACCCCUCGACUCACUACAGUGGAGAAGACUAUGGAUUUCCGCCAUCCAAUUCAGUAUGAUGACCAGCAGAGGUAUGGCCAGUACCCUUGCCCAACUGAUAAGUUCUCAGCAUGCUUAUGA